AUGGCCGCCCUAGGACGCCUCGGAUCCAGGGCCUCAUCGACCAAGGCCAACGGUACCGUGGAGAAUAAGAUCGCCUGUUGGAAGAGGAAGCAUGGGAGCACACACCGGGCUGAUGCUUUGGAGGAAUUUGCCUUGCAACUCAAUAGCACCUACCAUAGGGCCAUUACGGCCAUUCCAUACGAAGUUGUCUUCAAUCGGAAGCCCAAACACAAGCGUGCGCCAGUUGGAAUGCGUGAGGUUAACGAGAACGAGAUCGAGGACCAGGAAGUUGAAAAUGAGAUUGACGAUGGGAUUGUUCAUGCGUCCGUGGAUCAGGAGGCCAUGGAAUGA